AUGGAUACUUAUACUGGCUUCCGAAAAGGUCUGACAUCAACCAGGCUUGCAAGUGAGGAAGAGGGAGUAAAAGAAGAAGAGGAAAGAAAAGAAGAAGAGAGAGCAAAAGAAGAGAGAGCAAAAGAAGAAGAAGAAGAGAGAGAUGGUGAAGGUUGCACAAGAUCUGUGUCUUACGACGAGGAUUUCGAUCCCAACAAGACUUAUACGGGGAGCUCUGCAUAUUGGGAACAACGCAAUUCUUUGUCGAGAUUUGACGACAAACCCACCUCGGACGGUUUGGGAUCAUCAAGAAACUAUUACAUACCUUCCGUGUACUCAGAUAGAAAGUCAAUACUCAGUGAGGAAUCCAGCUCAUAUCCACACCAUUUGAGCAUACUGAAAACCUCGUCUUCGCAACGAGCGGGUAAUGUAUCGCCUUUGCUCCUGGAAUCCCUAGAAGAUAAUGAUUUGGAGGAUUUAAAGGAAGGUUUGAAAUUUGCAUUAGGUACAAAUACAGAAGAUGCUAAUUGGUUUCCCGUGUCCAGUCCAUAUAAAGGGGCAUCUCAAGCUGGAAACAAAGAUCAAAUUUCCGCGGCUGACGAGGAGACGAUAACGGCAACAACAACGGCAACAACGAACGUCGUCGAGUUUACCAAUCAUACUGGAACCAUACCCCUUCAAGAUUUAAGUUAUUUGAAAGUGACAUCCAGUAGAAGAUCAAUGGAUGCUCUAUCGCCUUUCAACGACCCAAUAGACUCUGCAAUCGCAGCCGCAGCAGCAACAUCAUCAUCAUCACACAAACUUGCGGAUAAAUAUGAAGGAGACAACUCAUUAAUCACGCCGACCACUCUUGAAGAAGGGUUACAGUUACCACCAUCAAAAUUAUCAAAGGAAACAAACGCAAGUCCGAGACCAGCUAGGUUUGCGGAUGCAUUAACUAGAAUUUCCAAUCGUAUUGCUGGAGCAGGUGAUACCUUGGGAAAUGAUUCAAAAUUGGACGUGGCAGCGGCCGCGGUGACGGUGACAACGCCUUCCAGUCAAACAGCUCCACCACUGAGCAGUAUCCUGCUAAAAACACCAAUUAAGGAGCAAUCUCCCCUUUUUUUCGAUGUUGAAUUUUCACCUUCCAAAAAGAGCUCCACGCUGCCGAAACUCAUUCCAAACGUCACCAUCACACUGGAUGAUAAACGCAAAUCCCUGUUUAGAGAAACAACGAGACCUAUUGGAUUGGGCUUACAACAGAUGAGUUCAAAUGUUUCUAAUAAGAGAGAACAGCUUUUGGACGAUGAGCAAGUGUCAUUAUCAAAUCGAUCGUUUGCAGAUAUUAGUGGCGUUCCUUCUUCACAACAGUCUCCUUUGAAGGUACAGAAACGCAAACCCAAGUUACGUCUUUUGUAUGGAAACACCUUGAACUUUUUUUCACCCAGUUCAAAGAUUAGACAAUUUUGUCAUUCAAUUUUAAUAAACAAGUUUACAAACUUUUUCAUGUUGGUGGUACUUCUUUUGCAAGUAGUACUUUUAAGCUAUAGACAGUGGAACCCUUAUGCCUUGGAUGGAUAUUUUUAUUCGGGCUACGACUGGGCGGAUGUUUUGUUAAUAAUAAUUAACGUGAUUUAUACGGUAGAAAUAUUUGCUCAGAUUGUUUCCUACGGAUUCAUAAAUGAUAAUUCUAUGUUUGAAGAGUUGGGCAUUCCAUAUCCAAAAGGGGAGUUUAGCCAGUUGUAUUUUUCAACAAAUUAUUUGAGAAGAUUUGCUCAAUUUAUUGGAUUGGGAAUACUAUUUCGAAAGAAAGAACAUCAAAUCGACGACAUGAAAAAUCCUGAUUUUUCAAAGCAAUCGGAUGGAUCCACUGACAUACUUGAAGAAGUGUAUAUAAAAGAUACCGAGUUGGAAGGAGACAUCAGCUCAGAACAGUUACUAGGUUCAAAUUCAGGAGAUUUGAAAAAAAAAUAUAACCUUGAUCUGUAUCACUGGAAUCUGAAAACCGAGUCUGGUGUUUCUAGCUUUGAAAAGGAAUUAGACUCACAUUCUGCGAAAAGUUUUAGACUUCACUCAAGUAAUACGUUUUUCAAGCCUGAGUCGUCUACCGAACCAGUAGAUCAGUCUCAACUAAAACGUGCUUUUCUCAGGAGCAGUUGGCAUCGUAUAGACUUUCUAUCAAUGAUAUUUUUUUGGAUAUCUUUGUUGUUAUCGAUUGAUUAUUACGAUGCUAAACAUCAUAUUAUGAUUUUUAGAUCAUUGAGUUGCUUAAGAAUUUUGAGACUUUGCAAUCUUACUUCGGGUACAACCACAAUUCUCACUGCUUGCAAAACAGCCCUACCCCAACUUAUCGAUGUUUCCAUUUUUAUUGCAUGCUUUUGGCUAUUCUUUGGAAUAAUUGGAGUUCAAUCGUUCAAAUCGUCGUUGUCAAGACAUUGUGUUUGGACUAAUCCCAGUGACUCUUCCGAUAUUUGGGUAAACUCAGAUCUGUACUGUGGUUCUUUUAUCGGACUCAAUGGAAACAAAAUGUCAUACCUUACAAGAGAAGGUGAUUCUUCAGGCGUUAUUAAAGGGUAUCGGUGUCCCAUGUACUCGCAGUGCAUAUCUGGAGAAAACCCUUAUAAUGGAACAGUAAAUUUUGAUAAUAUUUUGCAAUCUUUGCAAAUGGUUUUUGUGGUAAUGAGUGCCAACACGUUUACUGAUAUCAUGUACAACACCAUGGAUAGUGACAAUCUUGCUGCUUGUCUUUUUUUCAUUGCUUGCAUUUUCGUAUUAACAGUGUGGCUACUUAAUGUCUUUAUUGCAGUAAUAGUUACAUCUUUCAACAUAACGCGUUUAGAAGCUGCUGAGGAGAAAAGCAGAAAGACACAUGAAAGAUGGCUUUAUAAGAUAUUUGGGUUUUCAAAAGGUGCAGCCGUUUUGUAUAAUAAAAAAAUAGAAAGUUUAAAGCAACGUAACCGCUUGUUGAGAUAUUACUACAAGUCCGAGUUUGUGUUUAUCAUUGCAAUUGCGGCAAGUUUGUUUAUUCAAUGUUUUCGAAGUCACAAUAUGUCAGAUUUUCGCCGACACCUUCUUUACCGAUUUGAAGUUGCCUUUACGAUUGUGUUUGCGGUUGAAAUUGUUCUAAGAUUUGUUUUUUACUUUCCAAAGUAUAAGCUAUUCUUUUACUCAAAGAGAAAUUGCUUUGACUUGGUAUUAGCGACUGUGUCGGUUAUUAUUGUUAUUCAACCGGUAAAGGAUAAAUUGGGACAUGCCUACUACUGGCUAACUGUUUUUCAACUUAUGAGGUUUUACAGGGUGGUUUUAGCCACAUCAAUAACAAGAAAUUUAUGGUUGAAAAUUAUGGGAAAUUUUAGAGCUAUAUUUGACUUGACGUUGUUUUACUUUAUUUUGUUAUAUUUGGUUAGUAUAAUAUUGGCAAGAUAUUUUGAGGGCGCAAUACCACCCGAGGAUGCAGAUAGUGUUGAUUUUCCUAUGGAUACAUUACCGGCAUCGUUUAUUGCUUUGUACGUCAUCACAUCUACUGAAAAUUGGACCGAGGUGAUGUAUAGUCUUCAGCAAUAUGCCACCACCACUUCGUCGAGAUCUUUUGGAUCAUUCUUUUUAAUUGCUUGGUUUAUUUUGUCGAAUAUGAUCAUUUUGAAUAUUUUCAUUGCAGUUAUUGCAAAGACCUUAGAAGUAUCCGAGGCGAACAAACGAAGACAUCAAUUGAUUCAGUUUAUUGGUAUUAUGACUAAUAAGCUCCAAAACAUCCAGCAAGAUACGGGAUUAUUGAAAAAGAUUAAAACUAAAUUGUUUAGAAGGAACGAGAAAAAAGACGAGUUGGAGAAAGCGGUAGUCAAUUUGCUUUUGAGUGGUACGGCAGUACAGGAGUUUUUGGAUAGGGAUUUGAAGAAUGAAAUUGACGAGGACCUAGAGGUUGACUCCGUUAAUGACAUACGAACGAUGCCAUCACAACAAUGGAAGAGAUGGCUACAGGUUAACUUUUCAAGAAUCUUUAACUAUUUAACAAACCCAUUCCACUUGGAAGUUUCCAAGGGGUACGAGAAAUGUAGGCUUGAGAAUUUUGAACCAAGCAAUUUUGCGAAAAAUAUUAUGAAAGAAAGAAAUGUGUUAUUGAACAAGCAAAGUGAGUUCUUAGAAGCUAAUCCAAGGUUCAAUUAUGUUUUCUAUGUUAUGGGUCCGCGUCAUAAAUUUAGAAGAUUAUGUCAAAGAAUGGUGAAACCUAGUUACGGGGAGAGAAUAGAUGGCGUACCUCCCUUCAGACCUAUAUCGGAAACAAUUGUUGUGAUCAUGUUCUUUGCCACAAUUGGAUUAGUUGUGCUAGCUUGUUACAUGACCCCUAUUUAUAGAAUGAACGUUUCAAAUGCAGAUUGGAUUUUCUGGUCAGAGUUUUCAUUUGCGUUGGUUUUCACAGUUGAAUUUUUGAUAAAGGUAAUCGCAGAUGGACUUAUCUUUACACCAAACGCGUAUCUUCGAUCUUCCUGGAACUUUAUAGACUUUGUGGUACUUAUUUCCUUAUGGAUUGAAGCCGUUGCCUAUUUAAAAAACGACGGGAACCUUUCCCGAAUCGUUCGAGGCUUAAAAGCCUUACGUGCCUUGAGGCUUUUGACAAUAAGUGAAACUGCCAAAUCCAAUUUUCACAACACUAUGAUUGCUGGAUUCUGGAAAAUUUUGAACGCAGCAAUAAUCUCGCUUUGUUUGCUUUUCCCAUUCUCAAUAUGGGGAUUGAAUAUUUUCAAUGGCCGUCUUGGAUAUUGCUUGGAUGGUGAAUCGGAUAUGGGAGAGUGCUACAAUGAAUACAACAAUGAGGUUUUCAAUUGGAAUGUGUUGAGUCCUAAUGUUUAUACAAAUCCCCAAUUGGAAUUCAAUAGAUUUGGGUCUUCCUUUGUGACAUUGUUCGAGAUUGUUUCGUUGGAGGGAUGGACAGACUUGUUAAAGAAUUUGAUUAACAGUACUGGAGUUGGAACUGCACCUCAAACAAAUGCUUCUCCUUUCAAUGGUGUAUUUCUUGUGCUUUUCAAUUUUGUUAGCAUUGUUUUUAUUUUGACAUUGUUUGUUUCGGUUAUCAUUAGUAAUUACUCGAGGUCCACCGGUAGAGCAUAUAUGACAACAGACCAAAUAUCGUGGUAUCAUGUUAAAAAAUAUUUGUUGCAGGUUAAACCUUCAAAAAGAAAAGAUUAUCAAAACUUAUCUACGGUUAAGAAAUUUUGCUAUAAAAUGACUGUUGAAAGGAAUCGAGUUUGGUCCAGAAUAUUAAACUGUACAUUGUUUAUGCAUACUUUGGCCUUGUUGUUAGAAUGUUUCCCCUCUGGAACGGGUUUGAUUACGUUCCGAACUGUUGUUUAUACGAUAGCAUCCAUUGUGUUUUUUGCAAACGUAGUGAUGUUGGCUAUUGCGCAAGGAUUUAAACUUUUUGUUCAUUACAGAUGGAAUCUUUUCAAUUUGGUUAUUUCAUUUGGAGCCUUUUUAACUACACUCAUUUCCUUUUGGACGGAUCCAUAUUCGCCAUUUUUGAAUUUCAAUAAAUUGUUUUUGGUUGCCAUUUUACUAUUUGUGAUUCCUCGAAGUAAUAGGUUGAGUCAAUUGUUGAGAUUUGCUUCAGCGUCUCUACCCUCGAUAUUAUCGUUGUCCUUUACUUGGAUCAUUGUAUUUUUGGUCUUUGCCAUUGCCAUGAACCAAAUAUUUGGGCUAACCAAAAUCGGACCUAAUGGAACAGGAAAUUUGAACUUGCGAACAGUGCCCAAAACAUUGAUUGUUUUGUUUAGGUGCAGUUUUGGGGAAGGGUGGAACUAUAUAAUGGAAGACUAUACUUUAGCGCUGCCCUUUUGUACUGAUGAAGAGAAUUUAGAUAACAACGACUGCGGUAGCAAACAAUAUGCUUAUAUUUUAUUCAUUGGCUGGAAUAUAAUAUCCAUGUACAUAUUCUUGAAUAUGUUCGUAUCAUUGAUAUUGGAUAGUUUUGAUUAUAUUAAUCAAAAGGCAAGCUACAACCAAUUGAUACAGAGAGAGGAGAUUAGGAAAUUCAAAAGAACAUGGCAAAAAUUUGACCCCGAAGGUACAGGUUACAUUAAACCGAUUGAACUACCUAAGUUGUUACAUUGUUUAACUGGGGCAUUAUCGUUCCAUUUUUAUACAGGCCAACUAGAGAUUAGGGAGUUAUGCCACAAAUGGAUUAAGAGAAACAACAUAAAUGAUCCAUACGAUGUCACACUUGAUUAUGACGCUAUUGAGGAGACAUUUAGUCAAAUGGACAUACCCAAGAUAAAAACUAGGAGAAAAGCUUAUGAAAUGUUUAUUGAGGAAGCACUUUUAACUAUGGAAUUAAACGAAGAUCCAGGUAUCAGUUUUACCAGAAUUUUGCUACAGUUGCCUUUAUAUAAUACAUUUGAUACUGGAAAAUGUUUCAAUUUGAUUGACUACUUGGAAAGAAGGUUGUUAGUUGGUAAAGUUGUGAAAAAGUUGCAUACAAAGAGAGUCUACGAAACUAUUGCUGCAUAUGCAUGUAGAUGGAAAUACCAAAAGAACAAGAGAUUGGGAAUAAAGGAUGCUGAUAUUGCUUUUGAUAAACAAUUGAAAAGAGCAAGCUACCUAGCAAACGAGAAUUUAUGGAUCAACACUGAUCGAGUGCCGACAAUUUUUGUCAGUGAUGAGCAUCACAGAAUAACCCUGGCAUAUUAUAGGGGUGCAGCUGGUAGAGAAGAGGAAAAAUAUGAUGAUGAUGAUGAUGAUGAUGAUGAUGGCGGGGAAAGAAAAGAAGUAAAAGAGGAAAACGAAGCAAAUGCAGAAAUUGACGAUUUGGGCAAGAUCAAUACUCAACCAGUGCUUAGAAAUUCUGCCAUUUACGGAGAUCACACUAUGCCUGGAGGGGUCUACUAUCCAAACUCGCCAAUUGUAAAGACUUUGAAAAUCCCACAACAUAAACGAAAAGCUCCGCAUUUAUCGAUAAAAACCCAUCAUGUGUCAGAGAUGAACACCAUCAAAAUACCAGAUGAUGAUACCACAAUUUCACCAUUUAUUGAUCCGUUCCUGACUGAUGAGAAUCAGGAUGCACAAAGCGAAUCCGCAGUUCAACCAAAGUCCGUAAAUGAGAUUUUGGAAUCGUCUCCAUGGGGAGAUACAUUAAGAGAUAUGAAGCCUAAAAACACAAACUACAAGUCGCAUUAA